AUGUGUCUUUCUCGAUUUGGUAGACAAGAUGGAAAGCUGGAUUUUUGGAAAACAGCGAAAAAUCUGAAUGGUUUCUGGGAUGUGAUGGUUGAUGAACAAGUCGGCAAUGAACUUCUGGAGAGACUCUCUAAAUAUGAAAUCGGCUACAUAAAAACCAUAGAUGACGUUCAGAAGCUAAUCACGGCGAAAGAGAGAGCGGAACGUCCACGCCGUCUACAUGACGAGUCAUCCGGACCGUUUUAUGACUUCGGACGCUACGGUUCUUACGAGGAUAUGGUCUCCUGGAUGCGUGCAUUGGCCAAGGACGAUCCGCGACACGUUCUUUUCCUCUCCAUCGGUACGACUCAUGAAGGCCGGUCAAUUGAUGGCGUCGAGCUCACUGCCCACUACAAGACGGACUCUACAAUACAGAAGCUUUUCGAGCAUAUCACGUUCGUCAUCGUGCCAUGCGUCAAUCCAGACGGAUAUGAAUUCACCCGCUCGUCAACAAAUCCUCAUAUCCGCCUAUGGAGGAAAAAUCGCUCGCUGAUGCAAUGCCGUGAAGAUAACUGGGGACGAAAGCGCUGUUGCCGUGGCGUAGAUUUGAAUCGGAAUUUCGACUUCCAUUUUAAGGAAACGGGUUCCAGCGAUGAUCCAUGUUCAGAAAUUUACCAGGGCACUGCGGCAUUCAGUGAACCGGAAACAAGGGCUAUUCGUGACGCGAUCCUGUCACGCCGUUAUCGCGGACGUGUCGACGCCUUCAUCACUCUCCAUACCUACUCUCAGAUUUGGAUUCAUCCCUACGGUCAUCGUAAAGACAGCUAUCCUGGCGAUAUUCGUGAAUUGUACGACGUUGGGAAAAAAGCAGCCAAAGCUCUACAAAAAGUUUAUGGUACCAAAUAUGUGGUUGGAAGCGGAGCCGAUACCGAAGAUUGGGCGAAACAUACAGGUGGAAUUAAAUUUGUCUACCUUCUUGAACUGCGACCCGACGAGAAGAACUGGGACGGCUUCAUCCUUGACGAAUCGGAGCUGAUUCCAACUGCUCGUGAAACGUGGGAGGGUGUAAAGGUGGUCGCGUCGGCGGUACUGGAACGUAUUCAACAACAGCAACCAGAAGCCAUAGAAGCCCCAAAGGCAAAGAGAUUUCGUUUUGGUGACGGUACUGAAGGCUCAUGUUACGACCUACGUCACGCCUGUAAACGCUGGGUGGCCGAAAGACCUGAACUCUGUCGAACGGUUCCAAUAUUCAUGCGGGAGAAUUGCGCCUACUCAUGUGGAAAGUGUUGA